CGAGUCCAGUUUACGCUCGUAGUAGAGAGAAACGGGUCAGGCACUGAUGCUAAUGUGAGAGAGAGAGAGCACACAGAAUUGAGGCGAUGAGUGUCCUUGAUUAAUAAAGCUUCUUCCUCAGAUAAUUUAUCCUAAAUUUUUAAAUCUCAAAGAUUGAUACUUUGUUUUUUUUUUCUGGAGAUUCUUCUUUUGUUAUAUAAUACUGUUUCUGGGUUUUGCUUCAAUUUGAUGAUGAUGAUAGAUGCUAAAGAUAACACUCGCCGAACGGUAGAACACGAAGAUACUUCUCCAGCUCCAGUGGUUGGUGAUUGUGCUGAGAUAACUGAAGAGCUUCCUCCGAGCCAACACCAAAGAAGGCGAGUUCUCGGGACACAUAUACCAUCGAGAGCACACGAAGACGCUCCUGGCGAUUUCCUGAGAGCAAAUGGUUCCUUAAUCCAAAGCCCUGUUUCCAAAAGGUUCAAGUUUUCUCCAAUGUCAAGCCCUAGAAUUGGGAGACGUGUUGAUGAUCCCAUAAGUCCUUCCUCUUCAAGAAGCAGAAGGAAUCUCCUUAACUUUAAAAUCAGGAACAAUAAUGCAGAUAUUGAGGAAGGUGUGGCUUCUGUGUCUGUGUCGCCUUCAGGAGAUGGUGGUAGGGAUAAGUCUUAUAUUCCAAGAACAUGGUCUCUCACUAAUCUCUUAGCUCCUAGAAAGUCUAGGAAGACAGAGUCUUUACCAGUAACCCCUAUAACUCACUCAAACCCUGAGUCCAUGAACGGGAGGUAUGCUGUUGAGGUUGAUCCAGUUACAUCUAUGAAAGGGGAGCAGUCACUGCCUAUUCGUCGUUCACGCUCUGUCCCUACAUUCUUCAACAAAGAUGGUAGUGUGAAGCCUUUAGGUGUUUUCCGUGUGAUUCCUACUCCAUCUCGGGGGGAUGAGAAGAUUCUUGAGAUGAUGCCGGCAUCGAAAAUAAGUAAUCCCAAUGAUGAAAAUAAUUAUGGCGGGGAAGAUGUUCCUGAAGAGGAAGCUGUAUGUAGAAUCUGUAUGGUUGAAAUGGAGGAAGAUUCAGAAGCUUUUAAGAUGGAGUGUAUGUGCAAAGGGGAAUUAGCUCUUGCCCACAAAACAUGCACGAUUAAGUGGUUCACAAUAAAAGGGAACAUAACAUGUGAUGUGUGUAAGCAAGAGGUGAAGAAUCUCCCGGUGACUCUUCUCCGUGUACAGGAUUCUCAAGAACGUACUAGAGCAGCCAGGGAUAUAGAGAUUUCACGGUUCAAUAAUGAAUGGCAAGAAGUUCCAAUUCUUGUCAUUGUAAGCAUGCUUGCCUACUUUUGUUUCCUCGAGCAGCUUCUGGUUAUGGAAAUGAAAUCCAGCGCAGUUGCGAUAGCUUUACCGUUCUCUUGCAUUAUUGGUCUUCUUGCAUCGAUGACAUCAACAGCGAUGGUGAAGAAGAAGUAUGUGUGGCUCUACGCAAUCGUUCAGUUCUGUUUUGUGGUCCUCUUCGCUCAUCUCUUCGACUUAGCUAUUAAGCAGCCGGUUAUGUGUAUUGUCUUAGCCACUAUGAUCGGAUUUGGACUCACCAUGACCGGCACAACGGCUGUUAACGAGUAUUUGAAAUGGAAGAGAAGCAAUGCCCACCAGGCAGCAAGCACUUAAGUGACUCAACCACUGUUUCAGACAGCAGAGUAGAUCUUCAGUGAAGCUAGAGUCCCUAAAGGGUUGGAUCGGUUUUUAGAUGAACCGAUUUUUUUCUUUUUGGUUAACUGAACCAUCAGGAUCGGGUUUUCGGUUUAGCUCUAAUCAAUUUGUCUGUCUAUGUUAUGUGAGAGCAGAUUUGGUUAUUUGUCUGUUGGUUGUUGUGUUAGAAGCAAAAAAAAAAGUUCAUUAUAAGAAUUAAAAUUUCAAUAUUUAUAUGACGUCACUACUUAUCUCUUAUAAAACCAAAGAUAUAAUUAGGAGUCGGACUACAGAAUUGAUAAGGUCA